AUGGUAGAUACUGGCGCCCAACACUCUGUUUUAAAUAAAAAACUGGGACCAAUGUCUAAGAAAGCCAGCUUAGUGCAAGGAGCCACGGGGACAAAAAGAUAUUGUUGGACCACAGAACGGAAAGUAAAUCUGGGGACCCACCAGGUGUCCCAUUCGUUUUUGGUGAUACCAGAAUGCCCAGCCCCUCUACUUGGAAGAGACUUGUUGACUAAAGUUAAUGCUCAGAUCCAUUUUGACCCCGGGGGAAUGUCAGUCACGUGGACUUGGACACCGAUACAUGUCUUGUCCCUAGCCUUAAGGGAUGAAUACAGACUUUUUGCGCCUAAGCCCUCAGAGACCAUAGCACUAGAUGUACAACCGUAGGUCCAUAAAUACCCAUUGGCCUGGGCAGAAACAGCAGGAAUGGGACUAGCUAAACAGAGACAUCCGGUCGUCAUCGAGCUAAAGGCCGAGGCAAUUCCUGUGAGGGUGAGACAGUACCCUAUGAGCCAAGAAGCUCGGCGGGGGAUCACUCCCCACAUUCGACGGCUCAUGGAGGCCGGAAUUCUCAGGCGAUGCCAAUCCCCUUGGAACACCCCCUUACUGCCGGUGAAGAAGCCAGGGGGGACGGAUUACAGACCUGUCCAAGACCUGCGAGAAGUCAACAAACGGGUGAGUGACAUACACCCAACUGUCCCUAACCCGUAUACUCUCCUGAGCAGUUUACUGCCUGAGUACACUUGGUACACUGUGCUGGACUUGAAGGAUGCCUUUUUCAGCCUACCCCUGGCAGUCCAGAGCCAGGAGAUAUUUGCCUUUGAGUGGACUGAGGGGGAAGGCCAACCGGUAGUACAAUUAACUUGGACCCGCCUCCCACAGGGGUUCAAGAACUCCCCUACCUUGUUUAAUGAGGCUCUGAGUGAGGACCUCUACGAAUAUCGGGCUUGCCACCCAGAGGUCAUUCUGCUACAAUAUGUAGAUGACCUUAUGUUGGCUGGAACCACAGAGGAAGCUUGCAGCCAUGACACUGGGGACCUAUUACAGACCCUAGGCAUCUUGGGGUAUCGCGCUAGCGCAAAGAAGGCACAAAUAGCCCGGCAAGAGGUCACCUAUUUGGGGUAUAAGAUCAGACAGGGGCAAAGGUGGCUAACCCAGGCCAUGAAAGAAACAAUAUUGCAGAUACCAGAGCCCAAAAACCCUCGCCAGGUGAGAGAGUUCCUGGGGACUGUUGGAUAUUGCAGACUGUGGAUUAUGGGGUUUGCUGAGAAGGCCCGGCCCUUAUAUGAGGGAAGUAAAGAGACCCCAAAGUGGACUUGGACUGAGCCAAUGAAACAGGCUUUCCAGACACUCAGACGGGCCCUACUAGAAGCCCCAGCCCUUGCCCUGCCUAACCCAAAUAAGUCAUUCCAGCUGUUUGUAGAUGAAAAGCAAGGAAUAGGAAAGGGGGUCUUGACUCAACAAUGGGGACCAUGGAAGCGGCCGGUAGCAUACCUUUCGAAGCGAUUAGACCCGGUGGCCGCUGGGUGGCCCCCUUGCCUUCGCAUCAUUGCAGCUACAGCCCUCCUCGUCCACGACGCUGACAAGUUGACGUAUGGACAGCAACUCUCGGUUUACACCCCCCACGCAGUGGAAGGGGUUUUAAAGCAGCCGCCGGGUAAGUGGAUCUCCAAUGCCCGCUUGACACACUACCAGGCCUUGCUGCUCGAUGCCCCACGGGUGCGUUUUCAGACCCCUUGCUCCCUAAAUCCGGCCACGCUCCUACCCAACCCAGAGAAGGACAGCCCUCUCCAUGAUUGCAGUGAGAUACUGGCUGAGGCCCUGGCGGCACGAAAAGACUUAACUGAUGUACCCCUAAGCAACAGUGAGCUAGUAUGGUUCACCGAUGGGAGCAGUUAUGUAAAAGAUGGGCAAAGGAAGGCGGGAGCCGCCAUAGUUGAUGAUUCAGGGCGGACGAUAUGGGCUGAGACACUACCCCCAAACACUUCUGCACAAAAAGCAGAAUUGAUUGCCCUAAUACAGGCUCUGGAGCAAGCCAAAGGGAAGAGAGUCACCAUUUUUACUGACAGCCGAUAUGCUUUCAGCACUGCCCAUAUUCAAGGUCCCAUAUACCAAGAAAGGGGAUUUCGGACAGCUGAGGGAAAAGAGGUCAAAAAUCUGCCUGAGAUUCGCAGGCUCUUGGAAGCUGUCCAACUACCCCGGGCAGUAGCUAUAGUACAUGUCCCCGGUCACCAGAAGGGAGAAGACCCUAAGGCGCGAGGCAAUCGUGCUGCUGAUGCGGCCGCUCGAGAAGCGGCUAGCCGUGACUAUGCCGCCCCCAUAUUAGCCGAUACCACCCUCCAGAAAGAUGACCAAGAUGGAUGGUACCGAGACCAAAACAACAACCUGAUCUUGCCUGCCACCCUGGGUCGUCACCUGUGUGAACACCUGCACACAACUACGCACUUGGGAGAAAAAAAGACCCUAACACUUCUCCAGAUGGCCUGCCUGAGGUUCCCUCGACAAAAUGCAACUGUACGAGAGAUAAUUCAAGCCUGCGAAGCGUGCCAGCUGAUGAGGGCAGAGAAGAAGCAGCACUCGGGAACGAGGUACCGAGGGGAAAAGCCAGGGCAACAUUGGGAGAUAGAUUUCACCGAGGUAAGGCCAGGCAAGUAUGGGUACCGCUAUCUGUUGGUACUGGUAGAUACCUUCUCGGGGUGGGUAGAAGCUUUCCCCACUAAGGGAGAGACAGCAAUAGUGGUUGCUAAAAAGAUCUUAGAGGAGAUAGUGCCUAGGUAUGGGCUGCCAGUGACUAUGGGCUCUGAUAAUGGACCUGCCUUUGUGAGCCAGAUUGUACAAGGGCUGGCCCAAGCUCUGGGGACGAAAUGGAAGUUACAUUGCGAAUAUAAUCCCCAGAGCUCAGGACAGGUUGAGAGAAUGAAUCGGACCCUAAAAGAAACUUUGACAAAGUUGGCAAUAGAGACUGGCGGGGACUGGGUGACCCUCCUCCCCUUUGCACUCUUUCGGGCACGUAACACCCCUUAUAAGCUGAAUCUUACUCCUUUUGAGAUUCUGUAUGGAAGACCCCCUCCUGUGUAUCCUAUUUUCGAAGGAAAAUGUCUGCCACCCCCUACUUUGGGACAAUUCCAGCAAACUCUGAUAGCAUUAAGUAAGGUGCAUAACCAUGUUUGGAAAUUGAUUCGAGAGAUGCAUGAGGGCCAAAACAAGAGGGCCCUCCCCUCACAUAAUAUUGGCCCAGGUGAUUGGGUUUGGGUAAAACGACACCAAUCUAAAGUAUUAGAACCUAGAUGGAAAGGCCCUUAUGUUGUUCUCCUUACCACUCCUACCGCUGUCAAGGUCGACGGGAUUGGACCCUGGGUUCACUGCAAUCACGUGCGGCAAGCUACAUCGGAAGAACAGGAAAAAGCGCGAGCAGAAUGGAAGGCGAGUCCUCACCCGUCAAAUCCUUUGAAACUGAAACUCGUCCGCUGGGAGGCCUCCUAAUUCUCUGCUGAUAGCAGCUCUCAUCGACCCAGGAGCGACCAGUCAUAACCCCCAUCAACCUGCUAAGAUCACAUGGAAACUCAACGACGGGCAAACUCAUGAGCUGCUCAAUGAGACCUCAGGAAUCCACCCUCCAAACACCUGGUGGCCAGACCUGAACUUCGACCUCUCA